AGCGUGGUGAAUCAUGAUUUGAAGGACGAACAAAUCGCAGAGUUUAAAGAGGCAUUUUCGUUGUUUGACAAGAACCAGGAUGGCACGAUUACCACAGGGGAGCUAGGCAUCGUGAUGAGGAGCCUUGGCCAGAACCCGACCGAAGCGGAGCUUCAGGAUAUGGUGAAUGAGGUCGAUGCCGAUGGUAAUGGCACCAUAGACUUUGAGGAAUUUCUUUCUAUGAUGUCGCGUAAGAUGAAAGAUGCUGACAGCGAUGAAGAGCUAAGGGAAGCGUUUAGAGUAUUUGAUAAAGAUGGCAAUGGCUUUAUAAGUUCCGGUGAAUUACGCCACGUGAUGACGAACUUAGGAGAAAAGUUAACUGAUGAGGAAGUAAACGAAAUGAUCCGGGAAGCCGACCUUGACGGUGACGGUUUGGUCAAUUAUGAAGAUUUUAUGGUAUUUGCUGGACCUAUAUUUCGACGCUCAGUGUCAUCAUCUUCAUGACAACGCCGAAUAACCAUUUGCGUAUUAAUACAGUGCUUUCACAGUGAAGACCGGGACUUUUUGCAUGGACAAUCAAUGCAAACUGGCCGCCCAAAAAUUGACAUACCAACAUACAAUAGUAUGCGUAUAUUGAGAAAAAUGCAAAAAUACUCUCAAAGAUAGCUAGGACUAUCUUUUACAUGUGGAUUUUGAAGCUCGUAGAUUACUGAAAUGUGACCUGUUGUCAGUUCUUGUGUGUGUCGGUGUUUAUUUGUUUCACAUAAUAUGUGCAUGGUUUGUCGCUCUGCUUGUACUAGUCUAGGAGCCAGUUUCCCUUGCAAAGCUAAACGCUCCUUCAAAAAAAU